CGUAUUCCCGGCUACCGAAGUGGAAAAGAUGGCGACUCCGUGCCACAAGCCAUAGUUGUCUCGGCGUGCUCGACGAUAUCCCUAAAGAGUGUUAGACCAGGUACUAGCAGGAAUUUCACCACAGCUGCCAUGAUGGCGGCGACUUAACAUAACCGUAUUAACUCCCCACUCAUGUCCACUCCCCCAUGUUGCCUCAAAUUUAUGUCUGACACCCAUGUCCUCGUCUGCACCACAAGGCUGAUAUUGACUCUGCUUUCAAUCGUGACGCCAUGGCCAUCUACGGUGGUGCAGCGCCUUCGCUGGCGGGCAGUGUCAUCAUGUUGACGACGCUGGCAUUAUUGACUUAUGGCCUGCGGGUAUACUGCCGAGUGACUAGGAAAUCAUGGAGUGUGGAGGAUUGGAUCAUGACGGCUGCAUUGGUGCCCUUCGCCGUGCUGGUAGCUGGAUGUCUGGGGGGAGCUUUCAAUGGCAUUGGUAUCCGUGACUCUGUGUUGGCAGAGCCACAGAACGUCAAAUACCAAGGAGAAGGACAGAAGUUUUUCCUCAUUUUCGAAGUCGGUUACUGUUCUGCCAUUAUUCCCAUCAAGCUCAGUAUCAGCUGGAUGUUGAUCCGCGUGGCCGAGGGUCGCAAAGCGUACCUCUACGUGCAAUACGUGGUGAUUGUUGUCUUUGUGCUGAUGAAUAUCAUCGCAUUGAUCUUUAUUUUGAUCAACUGCAUCCCUGUUGAGGCGGCCUGGGAUACGGAACUGCUUGCCAAGGGAGGACACUGCCAACCAUCCUACGUAUUGGCCGACGUCUACUACGCCUGCACGGCUGUGAACAUUCUCACUGACUGGGUGACGGCUUUCAUGCCUGUACCUCUCCUAUGGAAUGUCCAAUUGAACCGCAACACCAAGAUCUCGAUUGUCGGCCUAAUGGGCCUGGGUGUCUUCGCCUCUAUGUCCGCCUGCGUCCGUCUCAAAUACACCGUCGCCCUAACCAGCCAAUCCAACUACCUCUACAGUGUCACCAACGUGGUGAUCUGGGGAUUCGCCGAAAACGCCCUGGGAAUGAUCGUCGGCAACGUCGCGACGCUGCGCCCACUGUUCCGCAUCCUCCGCGACCGCAAGACAUCGUCGAACAACCGAUACAACUCCCGGGGAUACUACAGCUCUCAGCGCACGGGACCGGCAAACAUGUAUUCUCGCAAUUACGAGCUGGCUGAGCAGGGAAAGCACACCAACAAUAUCACCACUACCUCGGUACCUGACCAUACGCGACGACCUAGUCAGUUGAGUGAUGGGGAUAGUCAGAAGCAGAUUCUUGUGGGUGGAACUCCUCCGGGAGAUACGGAUAUUCUUGUUAGUCGGCAGGUUAUUGUGGCGUAUGAUUAGCAUUGGGAGGUUGGUGGGCUGGCUGGUUGGAGUUGGGGCAUCUUAUACUACUCUCUUUGCAUACAUUUCUUUAUGUUAAUAACUAUAAAUACUAUUAAAAAGUCAUAUACAG